CCUUUCUCCUCGUUGUCUCGCCCGAUGGAGAGAGAGAGAGAGAGCGAGAGCUCGCCACCUCCCUUCCAGAUCGCCGCCGCCACCUACCUCUGGCGAAGCUCGCCGCCGUCCAUGGCCUCCCCCACGCCCUACUCCUCUCACCCCUCCCCUUCCCCCACCCAUAAUUCUUCCUCCCCCAGCCCCGACCACCCCCCUUCCGCCACCCCCGCCUGCUCCGCCUAAUCCACCGCUGCCCCCGACGCCAUGGCGGACGCCGACAGCAGCAGCAACCCGCUGCUCGCCGACUUCGACUUCCCGCCCUUCGACCGCGUCGAGCCCGCACAACUCUCUAUCUCUUCCAUUCCCCUCCUGAUUCAUGCCCAUCCCACGGCGCCGCCGCCGCCCACCACCCCCAACCCGGCGAUCCCCUACAUCCAUCGCCUGCACCUUCUCUCCUAGUCCCAGAUCGACCCGGCGGCCAGGACCCACCCGAAGCGACGAAGGUCGGCUGCGUCGCCCCGCCACCGCCGCCUUCCUUCCUCCCUCGGGGCGCUCGAAGAUCCUGUGCUCGCUGCGCCUCCUCUGCCUCGACCUUCUCCAAGCCAUCCAUGGAGCUCCAUCGUCAAGGAGAAGAAGAAAAAAAACCUAGCUAGGCCUGGAGGAUGUGUUGGAUUGGAGAACCACCCGAGCAGGGAGGGAGGAAGCAAGGAAGGUCACCAUGGACCUCGCCCAACUCCCACCCAUCUUCCUGCCUACAGCUGCAGGUCGCGGCGACCACCAAGAAGACACCCAACUCCCGCAUCCCGAACUACCUGAGCCUGACGUCGCAGCUGCUGUGUCAAGUCCACAACAUCACCAUGCAUGUAGGUGUACUUGGUUCAUCUUCAGGUUUUCAGGUGUAGGGGAGUUCCGAAAAUGCCAGACUCCAGCGGCAACGGCAUGCACCACGACAAGGAUGAUGGCCUCUUCACCGACUCUGGCCCCGUCCUCCCCGACGCCUGGUCGUGGCCCUGUGCACGGCGGAUGCGGCUUGGUCGCUUCCUCCGGGAACCCUAUCCCCUCGAUCUUUUUGCGACGGCGAGCACAUCCACCAGAUUCGCCGGCGGGCAUCAAGGCCGUGGCUUGGACCUUGCCGCCCUCUACCAAGGAAGGAGUGAGCUCGCGCAGAUGGCGGCGGCCGUGCUCCACUAGCUAUUUUGUGGUUCCUGCAAUCAGGGGAGUUCCUCUCAAGACAGUGCCCUCCCCCUUCUGCUUCUUCUACUACCUACUGUUGCUGCUGUUGCUGAUUGGUCUAUGCAUGGUACAGUGGAUACAACAUGAUGCUUCUGCUGCCAUAACUUGUUUUCUUGUCUACCAUCCAGGUACAAUGGGAGCAAGCUCAUCCUCCUCAAUCCCUAGCUACUGCACGACUGCCGGGGUGCAUACUCCCUACAGUUUCUGGAGCAUCUCGACCUCUUAUUGUAGUAGCUGUGCGAAUCAAAGUCUGAAGCUGUGAAGCAUAUCAACAAACGGUAGCAUAUUAUGUGUUGUAAUUGUAGGCAGUAGUAGGCAUAUCUGGCUUGUAGUAUACUGUAAUGAUUGUAAUAGACCAAUGUAGUGUUGCUUUGGAUGAAUUUCGUUUGCUCUCUGGUCUGAUAAUUAUUGUGUAUGUGAUUUGAUUACCUGUGAAAUGAUAUAAUGGUUGUUUGGCAAAGUUCGAAAUUUUUGAUGUGUGGGACCAAUUU